GGCCGACGAUACAAGGAAAUUCGACGGAUCAAGAUACAAAUUUGAUCAUUUUGAAUCACUGAUGGAGUCUCUGUGGAUCUACUGCGGAUUGUAACUGGUAAUUAGAUUCAGAGAACUAUAUAGAAUAGAUUUCAUACCGACAUGAUGGAGGGAGACCCAGACGGGGAUCAGAGAAUGCAGAACAAUGAAAACCUGCAUCCCUCCAAUGAAACAAAUGCCAUAUCUCAUCUCAUCAUGGCAAGUGCGAUAGUGUCACGGGAUGUGUCGACAGCUAACUCCGAUAUUGAUGUUACAAACAUUGACGACCCCCAGGUCUCACUUGCUGACAAUGUACAACACAUGGCUAGUUCGACAUCUGCGAUGGCUGCUGUCCCUCCUCAAAUCAGGCGUCACUCUGACCCUCUGGUUGGUAUGGAGAGACAUCACGUCUCUCAGUCUCCUCGACAGUCACCGCUACCGUCACGUUUCGUCACCUCUCCCUCCCUAUCUCUGUCCACCCAUAGUUCCUCCCCACCCCCGAUUAUUAUGUCUGAUCGUGAAUUCUCUCACAGUGAAGAUGGCAGCUCCUACAUAAUCACUGGCGACCUGGACGACCCGAGGAAGUAUGAACCUAUUAACAUUGACACAACAGACCAUGGCGAGGAUGCCACGUAUACCCUACCCGACUCCUCUCCAGAAAUGACAGCUUACGACAAUGGAGCAAAGGCACAGUACAAAACAUAUAAAUGUCGCCUUUGUAGCUUCACAGCGACAACCUAUACACAACUACAGCUUCAUAUGCCAAGACAUGGAGGUGUUAAGGCACUGAAAUGUCCAUUGUGUGACUACUCUACAAAUGACAAAAGUAACUUCCGUCGUCACAGAAGACUCCACAUUGGCACCAAUCCAGUGAGUGUGCUCAAGUGUGAAAAAUGUUCGUACUCCACGAUACUUCCACGUAAGUUCCGUGAGCACUACAGCCAGGUUCACAAUGAACAAAUCGGCCCAAACUAUCAAUUUCAGACCAGUCCCUAUAGACCCUCGGGGUACGACACUGCUCAAUAUAAAUACAGAUUAGGUCAUGUUGACCUAAAUCCGGGUCCCAUCCCAACAUCUACCGCCCCUCAGAGUAUGGCUGCAACCACAGCCUUGCAUUCUCUCCUGAGAGGUAUUCAUUCAACACCGGUACACUACGCUCAUCAGCCGACGCAGCCCAUUCAGGGCCAGUGUUUAGGGCAGUACCCAGGCUAUGCUGCCCCUGUUCGACGACCAGCCGAUGAAUCUCACAUGGCUUCUAACUACCUUCGAUCCAUUGUAUCGUCCAUCAUGAAUAAUCCUCAGACGGUUUCCAUGCAAACGCCAAGCAGCACCAUAUCCUCAUCAGGUUUUUACAUGGCAGCUGACCCUACACAACAGCAGCAGCAACAACAACAACAGCAGCAACAACAACAACAGCACCUACGAGUGGCACAUUCUCCGAUACAAGUGGGCAUGCAGCCACUUCAAGGUCAUGUCAAGGUAAAAAUGGAGCCUCCCGAUCACCCAGACACCCCGGAGACGGCAGACGUGUCCAGUACAGCACCUCCCCCACGACACCAGUUUUUAUCAGACCAGGAACGCCGACUGGAAUUACAUCCCUUCUCUCGGAGUUACUCGGAAGUUGAAGAUGGUGGCAUGGUCAUGGAAUGUAACGAGGUAGCAACAACUGCUGAUAUUAGACAAACAUUGUCUGCCGAUUCUGGCCCCUCUCAAAGGGGAGAUCGGUCAAGUAUAGAGCUGAGGGCCAGUGUGGACGAUACAGUGAAUACAACAGUUAAAAUGGAAAUGUCUAGUGUUGGCAUACAGUGUUCAAUACCAAUUAUCAAAACUGAGUCAAGCACCGUCAAUGACAAUCCUCAGGCUUUGUCAGCUAGUUGUGUUGAGCGCGGAGUGCAGUGUGAGAUCAUGACAACUGGACGGUGUGUGAAUCAAAGAUCUCGUUCUCUUCCAGGAGAGUCCAACUUCACAGAACAGCAAAACUUUCAGUUAACGGAGAACAGGUGUAACCAUUGUGGUAUCACUUUUGACGACGAGGUUCUCUUUUCGAUUCAUAUCGGAUGCCACAGUCACACCGAUCCGUUUGUUUGUAAUGUCUGUGGCAAACACUGCGGCAACAAAUACGGCUUUUAUUCUCAUAUAAUGAGAGGCCAUCAUUACUGACAGUGGCCUGCAGCUGUGCUGAUCCAUUUAAUAUUUUCAUCAAUUCUCAUUAAAUGGGAAUUAGCCGUGUACACAUGUAUAUGUAGUUGCAAUGCUAUAUCAUAGAGUUCGUAUUUAUGUAUAGACGUGAUCUCAUUCGAAGAUGUGCUGUUUUCACUGCCAGGUCCAUGUGAUCAGCUAAUUAAUCUGUUAUUACUGAAAAAAUUAUCUUGAGAAAUAUUUUGAUUUUCAUAUUUGUUUUGUCUUUUAAAUUUUUUUGUUUAAUGUUGUGUCAAAGACGAUCAUCUUUAAUCUACACAUAAUUUUAGUUUUCAAUUUCCAUAUCUUUUUAAUAUUCUAGUUAGAUUAAAGCUUUAUACUGUGUGUAUAUAUAUAUAUAUAUACAUGUUCAUUAUGUUGUUUGAGCUUUGAAAACUGCACCAAAUCAUUUGCCAUUUAACAGUUUCAACACAAAUUGUCCUUUGCUUUAAAAUGCUUCAGGGUCAGUGCAUGUGGCUAUAUAUGUGAAGGUUUAAACCAAAUCCUCUGCAAACAUAUCAGAUUUGCAAUUAAAUAUUUGUGACUAUUAUAGGAAUUUAUUUCUGAAAAGUAUGAAUAUUGAAAAAAAUGUAAUAUUAACCCUGGUUGCCAACACAUCCCCUUAAGGAGUGUGCACUGCAAUGCAAUUACAUAGCUUAGUUAGUUACUAGUUUACUGCCUAGAUCUGUUGCUACAUGACUUGGACUAUUGUUAAGUUCCAUCAUCUCCCUGUCUAGUACUAUAGUCAGUGAAACAGCUAUAGUUAGUUUUAUCACCUACAUGACUCUGUCUAUUGUUAGGUUUCAUCUCGAGCUCCCUGACUAUGUCAGUGCACGUGUAACGACUUUAGUUAUAAUUACUGGUUUAUGAUUUACUUGACUUGGUCGAUUUGUAGGUAUUGUCUCGCUGACGAUAGUUGUUCCGUCAGCGUCAAUUACUGUUACAAAGCAUUUGCUUGAAGAUGAUCGUUUAUGGAUGGACAUGUUUCAUGGCAUGAUUAGAAACGACACAACAUGAUACAACUGUUGUAUCUCUAAUAUGAACGGAUUUAUUUCGAACACAAAACCAACUUUGGCUAGAAAAGAUCCCUUAACAGAUUUAGAACAAAACAAAGUCUAUCAAAGAUAAUUCAGUCUAUUUUAGUAAUGUGACUCUGUUGUUUUACCUCCGAGUCAAAUUACAAAUCAUUGUAAAACAAUUUGUUUUAUCUAAGUUGAGGUGAAUUUGAUACAUUUAAAUCUGUGUGAAUCUUGUUUUAUAAUUUAUAUACAAUGGAACAUCCAGUUGACAAUUUCUCCACCUUUACCGUAACUAGCUAGACAUUCUCCAUGAUACUGCAUUAAUUACUGUAUUCAGAUAUAUCCAAAAGCUAAUUGUAUACAAGGUUUAUAUACAUUCUAUUUAAACCAAAACAAUAAUCUCCGUUAGAUUAAGAGAAAUAUUUUGAUAGGUGGAGCUGUCAACUCGACAAACAAGCAAGUCUGUGAUUAUUUGAAUUUUAAGCUGAUCAUGAGAAUUACAAAAAGGUUUCAAUGAGCUUAUAUCUAUGUACUUAUAUAUUACCAAAUAUGUAAUUUUAGCCAUGAAUAUAGAUUUCCCCUUUAUAAUCAUAUUGUGUAAUUAGUGAAAAUCUUUGUGAGGUGCUGAUCAUUUCUCCAUGAACUUAUUGCACUAAAAUAUGUUUGUGCUAUAAAGCAAGCUUCUGUUUAAAGUUUUCUGGUGCAAAUAUUACGUACACAUUCAUCAUUGAGCUUAUAUAUAUAGUGAACGACAAUUACUCUGGAAAAGUUGACAACAUCAAAUUAAAUAUCUUUAAUGUUUUCAAAAGCCAAAUAAAAACCGAUUAGAUCAGCGGAAUGGUGAAUUAACCACCAACUAUCAUUGGCAUAGAAACUAAUGUAGAUAUUUAAACUACAACUAGCACAAUUAUAAUUUAGCGGAAUGCUUCCAGGGUGGAAAACAACAAAAAUUAAAUUACUGCUAAAAUAUGUAUGUAUAUGUAUAUAUCUUAGUUUAGGAAAGUUAUAUCUACAUUUAUAGAGGUAGUUAAUUAGAACGCAACAAUGAGUCAGAUCCUGUCAGAUGAUUUUUCUGUUGGUACCUUCACAAGAGUCAGAUCUUGUCAGCAUAUUUUUCAGUUGGUGCCACCACAGGAAUCAGAUCUUUUCAGUAGAUUUUCCUGUUGGUGCCAUCACAUGGGUCGGAGCUUGUCGGUAGAUUUUUCAGUUGGUGCCACCACAGGGGUCAGAUCUUGUCAGCAUAUUUUUCAGUUGGUGCCACCACAGGAAUCAGAUCUUUUCAGUAGAUUUUCCUGUUAAUGCCAUCACAUGAGUCGGAGCUUGUCGGUAGAUUUUCCUGUUGUUUCCAUCACUAGACUUGUGUGUAGACUUUUAAUGUUACAAAUUAAAGUAUACCAAACACUUUCUCAAUUGAUGCCUGCUCUCUUUGAGAGAAAGGUUAAUUAUGCAGACUAUUUAUGUGUCAAAAUAAAUAAACGAACACAAUUAAAUGUGAAAUAAUGAAACUAAGGUAGAAUAAUAUUUUUUUUUUACUGAAACAAAAUGCUAUAAAAAAUAUUAGUCCCAAAAUGGUAUCUGAACAUUUAAUGUACUAGCUAUGAUGUGACAACUGCUUUAUUUUAUAUGUGUAAUAAAUGUUUUACAAACAUCAGAAGUCACCAUUUUCCAAUUUGAUGGCAAAACAUAUGUUAUAAUUACUGCUGAUAGAAAUAUAUAUAUACAGUAUUAGUGGUUUAAUGCUGUUUUUAUUCCUUCAACCAAAGUAUUGAAACUGUUUAUGAAUAAAAAAGAAUAUCUAUACAAAGUCUUCCUACAAAUAAUCAACUUUUAUCUUAUAAUUCUUUUUCCAUUUGUGUAUCAUAUCUUGUUUACAAUUCUGUAUCAUAUUUUUCACGUCAAUAAUUAUUUGUGAUUUUUCAUACAGUACUUUAUGGUCUCCAGCUAGCAGUCCUGACGAGACUUUUAAACUCUCAUAAAGCUUAAUAUGUUUGUCUUUGCUUCAUGGAAAAAAAAUCUCAAAAACUUUGAAUGUUUAGGACCUCAUUAAAUGACCAAAUCUUUGCUGGACAAAUGGUGUCAGGUAGUCCAAAUUGUUCCGGAGUCAUUUUAUCGACUUUUUAAAAUAGGUUGGAUGUUGAUUUACAGAUGCCAGACAAAUGUAAAGAAGAGUUGAUGAAAUAUAAGAAUAAUUUGGACUUUGUGGCAGUAUGAGGUGUUAAUGGCAUAACAUAAAUAUAUACAGAACGUUUACUGUACACAAAAUGAUGUUUGACUUGAAAUAUUGUCACAAAAAGUGUAUGAUCAUCAGUAUAUGUUAUGUGUGUUAGUAGAAUGUUAUAUUGCUCUAUAUUUAUAAAAACUGUGCAAAUUAUAUAAUUAUAUAAAUUGUGAGCAUUACCUGCCCAAAUAUAAAUUGUGUGUAUUACAUUUGUAUCUCUUUAUGUAAAAUACUUUGUUGAGUAUAUCCCCAAUAUAAAAUUGUGUGGACUAUGUUUUAUUUAAUAAGGAUCUGCCCCUUUGUAAAAUUGUGUGGAUUAUAUCCUGCAAUGUAGAAUUUUGUGAACCUAAAUAAACUGAAUUUUUAUUUUGCAAUUUGAAUUAUCCCCACAAAUGAAAUAGUAUAGGUCAACACCUAUAUAGAGUUGUAAUUGCUGAAUAUGUAAUAUUUUAGGCUGUUUGCUGUCCUUCAUAACACUUUUAUAAUGCUUUUUGUGACAGUGUUAUUAGAAUCUUGGAAGAAUGACGGUCUACCACUAGAGUAGCCUCCCUUUUGGAGAUCACUGGAGUGGUAUUCCUUUAGAGAUCACUAGAGUAGUCUCCUUUAAAGAACACUAGAGUGGUCUCCCUUUAAAGAACACUAGAGUGGUCUCCCUUUAAAGAACACUAGAGUGGUAUCCCUUUAAAGAACACUAGAGUGGUAUCCAUUUAAAGAACACUAGAGUGGUCUCCCUUUAGAGAUCGUAUGCAGAUGAGUGGGUCUGCAUGGGACAAGUUUUUUGUUUGUGUUUUGGGGGUGAGGACAUGUGCAUAGUUUUACAAAUACCUUGUAUUGUCUAUUGUUAAGAUACUGUUGGUAUAGCAUAUAGGUAAACUUAUUAUGUACAUGGUGAUGUCUCUUAAGAUUAAUUGUUUCUCUGUCAUUAAUGUUGAUUUGUCAUCUUUGUUUGAUCUCAAGUCUAACAAAGUAUACAACUUAGUAAUGAAUGUAACCGUACAGACGCAGCAUUUCUAACAGAUUGUCAUUUGUGAAAAUAUUUUUUUUUGUUUUUUUUUUUGACUGAAAGUGGUUUUAACAGAGCUUUUUGUACUACAUUACUGUAGUUGAUAAGUUUAGAAGUUUGUAGUUAGGUCAUCACCAGAUAACAAAGUUCACUAAUUUUGAUACAUGUUGUUUUAUAACUAGUGUUUUUGUGGAUCUCAAUUUCAGAUAGAAUGUUCGAUUGAUAAUGUUUAUAGGUAGAAUUCCUCAGUUUGUGCCAUAUCAUGUUUAAGCUUUUUAUGUAAAUCCAAUAUUUGCAUAAUGUAUUUGGGUAGUUUGCAAUUUUUGAAUUAAUGAAAUUUGUUAAAGCACGCAAUUAUUGUAAGAGAUCAAAAACUGUGAAGGGGAAGUGAUUGUUUUGACAGAAGAUUAUCUGUCGAGGGGAGGUAACUGUUCUUGUAUAUCAGAAUAUGACAAGGGGAGGUAACUGUUCUUGUAUAUCAGAAUUUGACAAGGGGAGGUAACUGUUCUUGUAUAUCAGUAUCUGCCAAGGGGAGGUAAAUGUUCUUGUAACUUCUUGUAUAUCAAUAUCUGUUAAAGGGAGGUAACUCUGGACUUUUUCUCAAGAAAAUUGAUGAAUACGGAAAGAUUUUUUAAGAGGUUAACUCCAAAUUUUGGGAAUUCUGCUUCAAAAUGAAAUGAUUUCAUUUGGAAUGAAGCCCAUUAACUGCCCCAAAAGUAGUAUUUGUCAAGGGGAGGUAACUGUACAAAUUAGUACCGUAUAUAUGUAAAGGGUAGGUAAAUGUUCUGACAGAGCAGCAUUUUUCAAGAGGAGAUAAUCGUUCUGACAAUCCAUUAUUCGUCUAGGGGAAUUACCUGUUCUGACAGUGCAGUAUUUGUCUAGGGGAGGUAACUUUUCAGAUACUCAGUAUCUGUCUAGGGGAGAUAACUGUUCUGACAGUUAAGUAUCUUUCUAGGGGAGGUAACUAUUCUGCAGUGUGGUAUUUGUAUAGGGGAGGAAACUGUUCAUUCAGAGCAGUAUUUUGUAUCUGUCCAUGGGAGGUACACCUGUAACUGUUUGGAGAGUCUAGUAUCUGUUCAGGGGAGGUAACUGUUCUGACAGUGGAUUAUCUUUCUAAGGGAAGUAACUCUAUUGAUAAGUAUCUGUCAAGGGGAGAUAACUCUUCUGACAGUGCAGUAUCGUUCUAAAGGAAGUAACUCUAUUGAUAAGUACCUGUCAAGGGGAGAUAACCUUUCCGAUUGGUCCGUAUCGGAGAGUAAGCUAUCUAAGCAGAACAUGUGAGGGGACAAUUGUCUUACAGAUCUGUACAUACCGAUAUGGAGCUCAAGGCAUCCAUGAAGUAGCUGUUAAUAAGCAGGGGGUGUAGUGUUCAGCCAGUAACUGUCACCACCAUAUGUACAGGUUUAUACUGGCCUGCUAUUAUUUACCAUGACACUCGGAUUGGUAUGCCUGGUAUUCUGGUACGGUGUGCAUUAUUUCCUUGUUAUUUCGGGUAAAUUUUUAUCUUGAAUUGUUCAUGUUUUUUGGUACUUAUAUAUAUAUUUGUAAUUCUACCAGAGUGAAACUGCUUAAUUAAGUUUUUUCUAAAAAUGGCGGCUAAGUGUUAUGUUAUACAUCAAGCCUAUUCUGUACAAUGGGCAGUGCCAUAGUUUUUUUUAUGAUUUUAUGAACAUGAACAUGGACUGGCCAGACCUCUGGUAUAUCUUCUAUUACUAUCGUGUACAAGUUUUAUAAUUCUAGACUGUACAUUCAUAGUUAUCUGCCCUUGUCACAUGUUUUCUUACGCACGCUCGAUUCUUCAAUGCAUUUGACAUAUCGUUUUCAGCAAAACUAGCCAAAGCUUGCUGUUUUUGUUACGUUAGGAUAUAUUUUACAUGACCGCUCAUGUUCACCACUGUCUGUAGUAGUUCCGUGACCUUACAGUAUCCUCUGUACAAUUGUACCGUAGAUAUAUAUAUAUUUUAGCUUGUGCCCAGUGUAAGUUGUCAAGACUGGUAAUUUAUUGUAGAUAUUUUAUGCAUUUUUGAUAUAAUAAACUAUAUGUCUUUUUAUAAA